CUAUGGGUGGGGUAUCUAUAGAGUCUAUGGACUUCUAUAGGGGUGUAUUUGGCGUCAAUAACGGCCUAUAGGGUGUCUAUAGGGCCCUAUAGGGCUCUAUGGGAUGUCUAUAGAGAUCUAUGGGGCAUCUAUAGGGUUCUAUGGGGCUCUAUGGGAUAUCUAGGGAUCUAUGGGGUAUCUAUAGGGGUCUAUGGGAUGGCUAUAGGGGUCUGUGGGGUAUCUAUAGAGGUCUAUGGAGCUCUAUAGGAUGUCUAUAGGGGUCUAUGGGACUCUAUAGGGCUCUAUGGGGCUCUACGGCGCUUCCGUCCCGCCCAGUCCCGUUCUUCGCCCUCCCAUUGGCCGCGCCCCCCGCCCCUCACUCGCUCCUCCCCUCCCUAUUGGCCAACACCGCCCUUAGCCCCGCCCCUGACGCCCGAUGCUCGCCUCCCAUUGGCCAGCUCCGCGUCCCUCACGCCUCCCGCCCAGCGCCUGGUAGGCGGGACUUCCCCCCUCCUCCUCGCCCUCCCAUUGGUCCGUCCUCCCAGAGCCGCUCUCCUAUUGGCUGCAGCCCUUUUACCUCAGCCCUCAGAUCCAAGAUGGCGGCGGCGGAGGCGGUCGCGCUGCUGGAGGCUCUGCAGGGGCAGGUUGCUGCAGUCACUGACCAUAUCCGGUUGCUGCUGCUCCGGGUGCGGGGGGGGGGGCUCCGCACCGAGAAGGUGCUGGAGAAGAUGCGCCCCAUAGAGCACCGCAUCAAGUACCAGGUGGAGAAGCUGCUCCGGGCGGCCAUGACAGGGGCCCCAGGAGCCGAGCACCCCUUGGCCUUCCAUCCGGAGCCCUCCAACAUGGCCCAGGAACCGGACCCAGCCCCAUUGAAGCCCCCUGGCUUAGGGGGCGGGCGCCGCUACGUCCCACCCCACAUCAUCCCAGUGCAGUAUGAUUCUAUGGGGCGCGAGCAGCGGGCGCAGGAGGCCGCGCGGCGCAGGGCGCUCAGCAGCUCAGUGCUGAGGGAGCUGAGGGAUGAGCUCAGUGAUGCCCCACAGGAGCUAUGGGGCAGCCGUGGGGCAGGGGGAGAGAGGCCCAGCAAGGGAGAGGUGGAGAGGACCCUAUUGGAGGAGUCCCUCCUCGUGCGCCUGAGUGAGCCCCGCGGGGCUCGGCGCCGGCGCCGCCUGAUGACGUCAUCGGGGGGCGGGGCCUUGGCCUCCAUCACCCACUUCGGGGCCUCGGCCGCCCUCUGGGAGCCGACCAAUCAGGAGCCGGCUCCGGCCAAGAGGAGGAGGAAGGUGACCAAUGGGAAGAGGAGGAGGAAGGGUUUCCGUUGGCGGCGCGGAGAGCCACAUUAAAGCUCAUUUGCAUAUCG